AUGAAGUUGAACAUUUCCUACCCUGCCAAUGGCAGCCAGAAGCUGGUCGAGAUUGAGGACGAGCGUAAGCUCCGGGACUUCAUGGAGAAGCGCAUGGGCGCUGAGGUCCCCGGCGACAACCUUGGCGACGAGUUCAAGGGCUACAUCUUCCGCAUCACCGGUGGUAACGACAAGCAAGGUUUCCCCAUGAAGCAGGGUGUCAUGCACCCUACCCGUGUCCGCCUUCUGCUCUCCGAGGGCCACUCCUGCUACCGCCCCCGCCGCACUGGUGAGCGCAAGAGAAAGUCCGUCCGUGGCUGCAUCGUCGGCAUGGACCUUUCCGUCCUUGCUCUCGCCGUCGUCAAGCAGGGUGACGCCGACAUCCCCGGCCUGACCGACGUCGUCCACCCCAAGCGUCUCGGACCCAAGCGUGCCACCAAGAUCCGCCGCUUCUUCUCCCUCAGCAAGGAUGACGAUGUCCGCAAGUACGUCAUUCGCCGUGAGGUCCAGCCCAAGGGUGAGGGCAAGAAGCCUUACACCAAGGCCCCCAAGAUCCAGAGACUGGUUACUCCCCAGCGUCUCCAGCACAAGCGCCACAGAAUCGCACUCAAGCGCCGCCAGUCCGAGAAGGUCAAGGAUGAGGCUGCUGAGUACGCUGCCCUCCUUGCCAAGCGUGUCUCCGAGGCUCGCGCCCAGAAGGCUGAUGCUCGCAAGAGACGUGCCUCGUCCCUGCGCAAGUAA